AUGGACAAGAACUACGCGUUCGACGCGUUCACGCGGGAGGCGCUCGAGGCCUGGACCAUCGCCAUCCAGCGGGUGUGCGCCGUGCUGCUCAAGGCCAACAUCGCCAAGAACGGCGUCGUUACCGACACCAGCGAAUCCGACGGCUCGUGGUCGGACUCGAAGUCGUGCCGCAUGGCCUUGCUCAAGAUACGCAAGGAGGAAUGCAACGCGGUGUGCGCGGACUGUAAUGCCCAUGACCCGGACUGGGUGCUGAUGGAGCUCGGGGCGUUCAUCUGCAUCGAAUGCGCUGCGGUGCAUCGGCGCAUGGGAUCCACCAUAUCCCAGGUGCGAUCCAUCCAGCUCGACGCCUGGGGAGCGCAGCAGGUCGAGUUUUUGAAGCAGAACGGGAACCGCAAGGUGAACCUGUGGUGGGAGGGGCGGCAGAUGGCGGGCGUCAAGAAGCCCGCCCCGCCCAUGAUCACCGAGGGCGAGCGGGAGAAGUACAUUCGGCUCAAGUACGAGAAGAAGUUCUUCACCGCCGACUGCCGCAUGCUCACCGUCGACGAGGCCCUCGAGGCCACCGAUGACUCAGAGAAGGCCGCGCGGAUGCGGGAGAUGAAGAGUAUGAUCCUGACGCUGGUGCGGGAGGACGAGGAGUUUCGCAACGAGCUCCGGUUGCUGCUGCUGCCGCCAUCGCCGCCGCUGCCGCCAGUUGCGGCAAUGGCAGCAGGCGGGCAGCUGCCGGUGGAGGGCGGCGGGCUCGCGGUGAUAUCGGAGGCCGGGGUCGUGUGCCUGACGAGGGAGAAGCGGAGCAACGACCUGUACCCACCACCUUCGUCGCCACCCUCGCCCUCAUCAUCAUCAUCAUCAUCGUCAGUCGUCGCGAAAGCGGAGGCGCAGCAGCAACAGCAGCGCGAGGAGCCGGCCACGGUGCCGUCGCCAUCGCCGGUGGUGCGCAUAGAGGCAGAGGCGGGGGCGGAGGCGGAGGCGCCGGCGGUGGCGCAGGCGGAGACAGAGGGCGCGCAACCGCGAUCGCGAUCGCCGAAGACGGACGACGAAGGAGCGACCAGCACCAGCAGGAAGAAGAAGAAGGCGACCACCACGAAGCGGCGGAACAGCAAGAAGGAAAAGGACCCGGAGAAGGAGAGAGAAGAGGAAAAGAAGGAGCGGGAGAAGGAGAAGGAACGAAAACGGGAGAAGGAAAGGGAAAAGGAGAAGGAGAAGGAAAAGGAGCGGGAGCGAGAGAAGGAGCGGGAGAAGGAGAGAGAAGAGGAAAAGAAGAAAAAGAAAAAGAAGAAGACGAAGAGGAAGGAGAAGGAGAAGGCGGAGAGGGAGGAGGGAGGCAAAAAGGCGGCGGCGCGAAAGACCUCCGCAGGGGCGAAGGAGCUUCCGCAGGCGGAGCCCAAGAGCGAGAGAUCCGGCCAAGCGGCGGAGGUGGCAGCUGCAGCCAAGGAGUCGGAGGUGGAGAGGGACGGCGACGACGGCGAUGAUGACCACUACGCGAGCGAUGAUGGCCAUCACGUGAGCGACGAAGACGACGACGGAGCGCACACUCCGCCGGAGCUGUCUGAACGUAGCAAGUACGGUCGGCUGGAGGAGCAGGUGAGCUACACCAGCGUCAUCGAGGAGCACUACCGCAUGCCCACCAUGCCACUCGCCAGGUUUGAGGCGGAGAAUCGGUCGCUGUCGGCGAGGCGAGGACUGGCCCUGCAGCAGGGCCUGCCGCCGCCGCCCGCCAAGAUCGAAGCCGAGGACGAGCGCGAGGCGCUGCGGAGCCAGCGCAAGCCCAGCGAGGACACGCUCGGGCGCAAGAGCGGAGCCCGCAUGCUCACCGCCCGCAACUACGGCACCGUCUCUAGUCCCUCCUCCUCCUCCGCGGCGGCCAGCGCCAGCGCCAAGGACCCGCGCUGGAGCGCCUCCAGCACCUCCCUCACCUCGACCGCCACUCACCAGCCGCCCACCGCCGACUCGCCCGCACCGGCGGCUGAGUCGUCAUCAUCACCAUCUUCUUCUUCAUCUUCAUCAUCAACGGCGGGGAGGAAGAACAAACUGCGGAAGAGUUUCGGCGGCGGGAGCAGGGGGUCGUCGACGCCGCUCAAGGACCCGCACGGCGCGAGCGGCAACGGGGCGGCCGCGUCGUCGCCAGCUACCGACACCGGCCUUGUACAGAAGAUGAGCAAGAGGAUGACCGGCAUGCUCUCCAGCCCGCGACGACGCCGCAGCGCACGCCCCGACACCCCCUCAAACGAGUGA